UACCCCGGGGAUCCCCGGUACUGCACUGGUACAGGUGAACCGGGGAACUACAGAACCGGGUACCGUACCGGUCGUGUGCCGGUAAGUUUGAAAAUGCUUGAAAUGAUUAUGUAGAGAUUGAGCAAUUAUUUCAAUUUCAAAGUACAGUAUUUGGCUCUGCAGAUCUGAUCUGAAGUAGACGACUCGGUUGUUGUAAGAAUAGCAGGUUACACAACAAUGAUUGGACCCCUCCUUCAGAAACUCAAUGCCACCAGAGUGUGCUUAGCAAGUGGAUCGCCACGCAGACGAGAAUUGCUGAAUGUCCUUGGCAUGAAAUUUGAGGUCAUCCCUUCAGAGUUUGAUGAACGCUCACUUCAGAAGCCUCUGUUUCCUCACCCAUCAAAGUUCGUAGAAGAGAGCUCGCGAUGCAAGGCGAACGAGGUGCUGGAGCGUGCUGGCAGCAAUCUAGAUGUAAUCAUUGCUGCCGAUACGGUGUUAUCGUUCCAGGGAGACAUCUUGGAGAAGCCCAUUGAUUCGGAUGACGCUGUUAGAAUGUUGACACGUCUCAGCGGCCAAUCUCACUAUGUCUACACUGGCGUGACUAUAAUCUCACUGCUGGAGAGCAGAGCAGAGCCGAAGAUCGUCACUUUCCACGAAUGCACACAGGUGUUCUUCGCCGACCUGCCGCAGGCGGUUAUUGCGGCGUACGUCGACACGAAAGAACCGCUGGACAAGGCAGGGUCGUACGGUAUUCAGGGACGUGGCGGCGCGCUGGUGAAGAGAAUAGAGGGCGACUAUUUCAAUGUCGUCGGCCUACCAAUCCACAAGGUGUCCUGUCAGCUCGUGGAUCUGCUUAGCUAGACUAUGUGCUGACACGUAACACUACUGCUUGCUGCUUGCGGUAUCAAUUACCGGAUGCAAUACUCGCAUGCUGCACCCACACUGCCAUACGCCCUCCUCCGUGACCGCUAAAGACAAGGAAGAGUAGACGUGAUAAGCUGCUGUGCGAUGGGGAUGCACUGUGCAGCAGUUCCGAGCCAGGUUGUGCCUAGUUAAUGGUUUCCUGGCAGACGAUGCUGAAAGUUGAAGGCUUUUGAAAAUCUGUUUCUACGCACCUUUUGUUGCUUUCAAAUGAAACAGUCAUAAUAAUAUGACACUGUGGACCUGGUAUGUUGGGUAGCAUCGCUGGAGUAUCUUUCUGUACCAGUCACAACAAUGCAUGCACUUUCAAAGUGCAGCAUAUUUUUCCGAUUUUCUCUUGAGCCUGUGUUAAAAAAACCCUCAGCUGUGCUGCUCUCUUGCAUAUUGACUGCUGUAGGAACUGCUGUAGGAACUGCUGUGCUGGCCACAUCCGCUUCUACUGCAUGCCGUACAUGUGUAUGCCCCCCCCCCCCCCCGCCCCCCCCCGCCCCCAUUUCUUGCAUUUUUUCUUUCCCAUCAAAUAAUCUGGUGUUUGCUGGCUGAUGACACACAUCUUGAUAGUAUCAUGCACUGGCCCUUACUCUUUGAGAGCAGGCAUCACGAAUUUAAGCAUUUUUUCACAAGAUUAUUUGCUGCCAUUAAAAAAAAAUUUUUUUUAAGACAGA